AUGGCUCUUUCCGAAGCAACCAAAGAAGCAGUAUGGCUCAAGGUGUUGUUGAGGGAACUUGGUGAGAUGGCAAGCGACGAAGUGAUCAAGAUCUAUGAAGACAACCAAGGAUCAAUCGCUCUCGCCAAGAACCCGGAGUUCCAUAAGAGAACAAAUCACAUCGACAUACGCUACCAUUUUGUGCGUGAGAAGGUGUAA